AACAACUCAGAUGCCGUUGACAGGACCUGGCAGCAAAAUGGAGCCAAUCAACGUGGAUAAUCUACCUUCGCCCAAGAAAGAGGAAACUGUGAUACCACCGGAGCUGGUGGUGGCAGCGGCGGAGUGGACGACGCACAGCGCUCCCGACGGCAAACCGUAUUACUACAACGACACCAAAAAGGAAUCAGUAUGGGAGAAACCAAAACCUAUGAAGGAAUUAGAAGAGCUACAAGCAAAGAUAAUAAAGGAGAAAGCUCUGUCAGAGAAGAAAAUUGACGAUAAGAUGGAAGUGAUAGAUGUGGACGCGCACGCAGAAGCUGCAGCGGCGUCUGAAGAUGCGAGGAAAGUGGCGGAGCAGGAGCAGGAGAGGGAGAGAGAGCAGGCGGAGAAGGAGAGAGCGGAGAAGGAGAGAGUGGAGAAGGAGCGCGCGGAGAGAGAGAAGGCGGACAAGGAGAAAGCGGAGAAGGAGAAAGCGAAGCAGGACAGGAGUAGACCGAUAUCGAGUACUCCGAUAUCUGGCACGCCUUGGUGCGUGGUGUGGACAGGGGAUGGACGCGUGUUCUUCUACAACCCGACAGCGAACUCCUCGGUGUGGGAGCGUCCGCCGCAGCUGGUGGGCCGAGCUGAUGUCGACAAGGCGGUGAGCCAGCCGCCGGUGGAUCUGCAGCGUAGAGCAGGUGGUGUGGGCGCUGCCGCAGCAGCUGUUGCUGCCGGAGCCGGAGCCGCAGCGGGCGGCGCUGCUGCAGCAGCGACAGGCAACGGCGAGCUGAAGCGCUCCGCCUCCGACAGCGAUAAUUCAGACCUAGAGCCCGCUAAGAAAACGAAGACUGAUGGUAAGAAGGGCAGCGUGAUAGACGCGGGCAAGCAGGCGGCGGAGGAGGCGGAGCGGCGCGCGGCUCGCGAGCGCGCGGUGGUCCCCUUCGAGCAGCGCGUCUGCCGUUUCCUGCAGCUGCUGCACGAGAGCUCCGUCUCCGCCUUCAGCCCCUGGGAGAAGGAGCUGCACAAGAUCGUCUUUGAUAGCAGAUAUCUGCUCCUCAACUCGAAGGAGAGGAAACAGGUUUUCGACAAAUACGUUCGUGAGCGCGCAGAGGAGGAGCGGAAAGAGAAGAAGAACCGUCUGCAGGCGAAAAAGACCGCCUUCAGAGAACUGAUGGAGGAGGCUAAGCUGCAUUCCAAAUCUUCUUUCACGGAGUUUUCUUCGAAGCACGGUCGAGAUGAUCGCUUCAAAGGAAUAGAGAAGGCUCGCGACAGGGAGAAGUUCUUCAACGAGUACAUCGUGGAAGUGCGCAAGAAGGAGAAAGAGGAUAAGGAGAAGAAGAAGGAACUGGUGAAAAAUGACUUCCUAGCUCUGCUGAAAGAGAAGAAUGUGGGCAGACACACUCGCUGGGCGGAGAUCAAGAAGAAGGUGGACAGCGACCCACGGUACAAGGCGGUGGAGAGUAGCACCGUCAGAGAAGAUUACUUUAGAGAGUACUGCAAGCAGGUUAAAGAUGAGAGGAAGAAGGAGAAAGAUGGAAAGGAGAAAGAACGCGACCGUACCGUGAGCAAGAAGGACAAGAAAGACAAGGACAGGGAUAAGGAUAAGGAGAAGGAGAGUAAGAAGGAGAAGAAGAAAGAGAAGGGAGAGAAACCGGCUGAUCAGUCAACGGAGGAAGAGAAGAAGCAACCCACACCACCACCGGAUCAGUGGGCUGAGAUCCUGGGGAUACCAGGGGAUGGUUCCAAAGAUCCCAAAGCGAAGAAGAACACAGAGGAAUCUUCGGAGAAGUCCAGCGAAUCUACAACACCGGAGAAAGAACAAAUAUGCUCACCGAAACAAUUACGAUCCUCGAAGAAGGAACCAGCACAAGAGAAGAAAUCUCCAAUUAAAUCCCCACCAAAAAAGAGGAAACCGGAGUUUGUUUCUCCAGAACCAGAGGAAACGGUGAAGAAGACGAAGAAGGCGGAGAAGACAACGAAAACGGAGAAGAAGAAGCGUAAGAAAACGGAGAAAGAAUAGUGUUUACUUUAUGUGUUUUUUAAACACUGAUCUCUGAGAGAGCGCAAUCGCGCUCUAGACUAUUAGGGGACAAAACUGAAUUACUUUUAUAUCCCAUAAAAAAAUGCGGGUAGAUCGAUAUUUGGAUUAAACUAUCGCGUGUGUCUAGUAUAGCUGCAUUCAGUGCAUUUACGCACACUUUGCAGCAGUGUCCCAUGUGACUUCAAAUACAGCGUGUUCCAUGUGAUUCGAUUAGUGUUCCAAAAAUGUAUGUACAGUGCAACAAUGUGUAACUACCCGCAUAAUUAUUUGAUUAUUCAUAAACAACUGAAUAUGAGAAGAUUUUUAUAUUGUUUGACAUUUUUUAUUGGAUUCGACAAUCCAGUGGUUAAAUUUGACUCUAACCAUAUAUCGUAUGUAAAUAAAUUAAAAUUGGUUUAUUUAUCUGUACUAUUAUAAUAAAGCGUAAACACACACUUCUUUGUUGCC